AUUUACUCCGCAUACCUUCUCCCUUCACACGAUCCAAGUAGACCGCAUCUCACCACCUCUCGACCUCCCAUGGCCAACCCCAUUUGAAGAUCCUUUGACGCCCCCCAAUCAUGGCCUCCAAUCCCACAGCGACCCUGACCACCCUCCUCCGGGGCGCCACAAUCGAGGAUCACGACGAGGUCCUCAAAGCCUCCAAUGCAGUCUUGAAAUCCUCGAAAACCAAUCUCGAUGCCCUGCACACCCGGGUCGUAGCUCUCAUCAAGCUCGACCGCUACGGCGAUGCUCUCCGCGCGCUUGACGAUGGAGGAGACCGGCUGGCUGAGCGCUGCGUUCUCGAGAAGGCAUACGCCCUAUAUAAAACCGGGCAGCUCGCAGAAGCCGAAAAGCUGGCCCGGGGAACAGACAAGAGGAGCUUGAAGCAUGUCGCUGCGCAGGUUGCCUACCGUGCGGAGAAGUUCGAGGAUGCGGCCCGGAUUUACAAGGAGUUGAGCGCGCAGCCGGCAGGGGUGGAGGGAGAAGAGAACGAUUUGAGAAUCAACAGCGCGGCAGUCGACGCGCAGUUGGAGUGGCAGGGAAACGGUGAUAGGAUUGAAGAGAGCAGAAAGAAGCCAGGGAGGGAAGAUUUGGAGGCCUUUGAGACAUCCUACAAUGCUGCCUGUGGGUGCAUUGCUAGGGGGGAGUUGAAUGCGGGGAGUGUCUUGCUUAAGAGAGCCAGGGAUUUGUGUGAGGCGCUGGAUGAGUUAAGUGACGAGGAGAAGAGGGCGGAGGUCCUGCCCAUCAUGAUUCAACAGGCGUACGUCUUCACGAAGCUGGGGAGGUUGGAGGAGGCCGAGGCCCUGCACAAGAUGAUCAAUAUUGCCGAUGUCCCUGAACCACCUACAAGAGCAAUUGCGCAAAACAAUGUGUUGGCAGCCUCGACCAAGAACGAGAACCCGUUCAUGACACAACGCCUCUUCGAUUCAGUGCCGAAGUUAUCACCUACGGCGAAGCACUUCAAGCACCAGGCGAGCAUCUUACGACGGAACAGAUAUGUCAUUGACAUACAGUCAUUAAAGUAUUCAGGGGUAGCUCAUUCGACCUCCUCUAUUAUCUCAGAGUCCCCAUCGCCUACGAUAUCCCCAUUUGUCACAACCCUAUCCGUUCUCAACGCCGCAGCCCACGCUCACGGGGAGACUGGAAAGGCCAGUUUGAAACAGAUCCUCCCCCUCUUAGAAAAGCGGCCCAACGACGUCGGGCUCCUCCUCACAAUCAUCCAACUCUACAUCCUAACCAAUAACCCGGGCCCAGCCAUCAGCCUCCUCGAGACAUUCUUCAAGCGUCUCGAAGAAUCCACCGAACCUACUAACAUCGACGUCCGCUUCGCCCCCGGCCUCGUCGCCGUCGCCGUCUCCCUCUACCGACUCGCCGGACGCAAAACAGCCAUCAAGGCAGAAUUAGCCAAAGCAGCAUCCCACUGGCGUCGCAAAUCCAAACUUUCCCCGCCUCUCCUCCGCGCCGCUGGCAUCUCCCUCCUCGAAUCAUCAAAAUCCGAAGAUCUCUCCGCCGCGGGAGAGAUCUUUAGCAGUCUGCGAAACCAUGACCCAAGCGACCGCAUGGCCAUCGCCGGCUUCGUCGCCUCAACCGCGUCGAGCGCCUACGCCAAGGUCGCUCCCGACCUCGACAAGCUAACGCCCGUCUCCCGCCUCGUGACCGGAAUCGACGCCGCAGCCCUCGAAGACGCCGGCGUCCCCACGCUCCCCUCACCCGCCAUCCCCGUCGCGAGCCGGAAGCGCGCCGCCGAAGCAGAGAAAGAGAAAGAACAACAACAGCAGCCAGCGAAGAAGCGGAAGAUCCGCAAGGGCAAGAUGCCCAAGGAUUUCGUGGAGGGCAAGCAGAUGGACCCCGAGAGGUGGCUACCGCUUCGGGAUCGGAGCACGUAUAAGCCGAAGGGAAGGAAGGGGAAGAAGAAGGCGAUGGAGUUGACACAGGGUGGGGUGGUGAAGGAGGAGGAGAGUUUGGAGUUGGCGGGUGGCGCGGGGACGGUGAAGGUAGAGAAGGCGGGGGGUGGAGGUGGAGGGGGAGGGGCGAAGUCGAAGAAGAAGAAGGGGAAGAAGUAGUAGGAGAAAGAGGAGGCAGGCUUCUUGAUUACUGCCCGAGCAUGUCAUGGAGUGGUUGUGACAUGAACUGGUUUCAUCGGUUUCAUCACAUUGCACACCCACACAAUGCAAUCGAGGAAUCCAUAGCAAUACAAUACAAUUUAUAUCGCACCUCGUUCUUUCUACCUAUGCAUGCAUCACAACCGUCCAGAAAAUCAUGACAUGCCAUCUACCAAAUCAAAAGG